AUACUACAGGAUAUUGCAGCUAGAAGAAAACUCCCAGUAUCUAUGAAGUUAAUUCAAUGAAAUAGUGAAGAUUUCAAGGAUUUUCCAAUGGAGCUAUACUUUUAGGGAUUUAUACAUGUACAACAGAAUUUAAAUUUAAAAGUGAGUUGCUUUGAGAUUGGAAUUAAUUUGUGAUCAAGAAUAACAAGAGGUUUCUUAACUACUCCAUCAUUAGAGAAAUGGCCCAUCUUUUCUGUGUGUUAUCCAUUUCUGGGCUAUUGCCUGCAGGACCGGAUGCUCCUUAAGUGGUUGUAUCUGCAUCAGUUAAGCUGGUUUCAAUGCAGGAACUCUGAUUAAUAGGAAAGCACAUGCAACAACAACUGAAUGUUUAUGACAAAGGCGUGACAAAGUAACAAUUCUACCAUGCUUAAGCUUGGUUAUAACAGCAAUCACACGAACUGCACCUAAGUCUGAAACAGCUAUAUUUCAUGACAACUGAAACAUUUUAAGAAGAUAGCAAUUUACCCACACAUGGUUUUGUUUGGACAAUCAAUGUAAAAAAAAAAUUCAAUUAGGAAUCUGAUGUUGUGUAUAAAAUAUAAUGUCAUUUAAAAUGGAGGAAGGCAAUGAGACAGUGAACUUAACAACAACACAAUUCAUACAAUCCGAUGUUUCAGUGAGAUUGGAGCUGUAUUCCUGGAUAUUUUCUGUAGUAGUUCUGUGUUUGUCUAUCCUUCUAGGAACCAGUGGGAACAUCCUUGUUAUCACUGCCAUGUGCAGGAAUCGACUCUACAGAAAGGUACGGUAUGCUCUUCUCCUUCUAUUAAUGGCUGUCGCUCUCUUCACAGACCUUGUAUACUGUCCAGUUGAACUGGUGAGGAUAUUUCUGUAUUCAAAUUCUGACAACUCAUGGGUGGAUCUGAAGUAUGUUUCCUCCAGUAUGUAUUUAAUCGUCUUUUCUGCCAUUUCUUGUGUUUUGCUAUUCAUCAGUUUGAAGAACCUCUGCAUCAUAACUGAGAAAUUUACACGCACUUACAGGUAUGCCUUGUGUGCAUUCUGUGUGAUUACAACUCUUCUAGUUAUUCUCUGUCCAGCUAUUGGAUAUGGCAUACUCUCCAACAUGGACGAAGAGAAAAACGGUUCAUUUACACCUUAUCAUAUUCUGAAUGAAAGAGCCUUCCUCUUCAGAAUCACAUACUUCAGCCUGUGGCUCAUGAUUAUCCUCUUUGUUUUGGUGGGGAUGAUUUCUUUUAUGGUAGUCACAUACAGAGCAAAGCAGUCAGACCUUGAUCUAUCAUCAGACUUCUCUCAUCCUCACACACCAGACAAAGCUAUAAUUCCUAAGGUGCUUGUUAAAAAAUCAGAAAAUUCUCUUCAUUCUGAUGAGGAGGAGGAAGAAGAGGAAACUGGAAAUCGGCUCCUGGAUUCCUGUUCUGGAAAGGAAGACAACACUUCAACAAUUGGAGAUCUACCCUCUCCAUCUAGAUCCAAAGGUAGCCACUUGGGUGUUAAUAUGGCAGCCUACUUAGGCAGAAGGAGACACACAAUAGGUCAGAUAGGAACAACAGGGCUGGAAACAAUGGAAAAGGCAAAGCAAUAUAAUUAUGUUCGUAAAUUUUCUGUGGACAUUCAAGCACUGCAAGCACAGUUAGAAAAUCCAAAGAGACAUGCAUCAGACUUUCCAUUUUCUUCCGAUACAGAAAUUCAAAAAUCUCUUCAGAAAUCAAAUAAUAAAGAAGACAUUUUAAAGAGAAUCCGACUUGCUCAGCAAUCACCACUAGUACAAAACAACAAAACUUCCGACUGUGAGAAAGAAACAAAUAGUGAUUCCAGCAGUAGAAAUAGUGAAAAAACUUCAAAUGAAGUACUGCAUGAAUUACCUCCUCUGUUGACACUAUCAGAAACAAUGGCAGAUGAGUUUAGAGAGAGAGCACAAGAAAAGGACCCUUCAGCAAGUUUUAUAAAGCUCUCUUGCUCACUUGUUUUAACAUUCCUUUGUUUCAUGUUGCCUAUGUUCAUAACAGAGACCCUCAAAGAAUUAAUAUCUUUAACAGCAUACAUCAAUGUACUCUCAUCUACCUUAGCACUGUCUACAGUACAAACCCUCAUCUUCCCUUUGAUUAUCCUAUUUCUAGACAAAUAUGUGCACAAAUGUUUUCAGAAGAUGGUCUCUACACUUCGUAUGAAGUGCUUUGGAUUGUGUUACCAAAGAGAGGCUGUACCAAUGUCUAGUCAUGAGGAAGAGGACAUUUCAAACACACAAGUCUAAGGUUUUACAGCUUAGCAUAAAACUACCAAACCUCUCUAACAGAGUGACCUAGCUAAUGAUUAAACAUUAGAAAGGUUGCUGGUUACAUUUCAGUAAAACAUUGACUAGCUAAUUUAUCAAAAUCAAUAUGACUUUUUAAAAACUAAUGAAUAAAGGUUAUUCAGUCUUCA